AUGCCUGCUACACCAGUCACGCCUACUCGUACCACUUUCACGCCUUACGAACCCUCAACGCCGCGCCAACCUCCUCGAAACCGUCACCUCAACACUCGCAAGCGCGCACUCGACUCGCCUGCUGAUCCCACGUUCUCCUCGGGCGAACACGGAGACUUCUUCUUCCAGCUUUCGACGUCGGCUGCACAGCCGGUGUCGCCUACACGUUCCAUUCCUCCUGCUCCCCUUCUCCCUCCUGCACCCAUCUUCGAGCCUCUCCCUCCGUCUCCCACGUCGCCCGUCGGUCCCCACUCCACCCCAAUGCGCCGCUCACCGGCGAUGAAUAACCUUUCGAGGUUCACGGCGCAGGUGUAUCAGGCUGAACGAAGCAUCUCGAGCAGCGACGAGGAGGACGAGCGGCGGUGGCAACGGGCUUCAAGGGCGCCGAUCCAGUUCAAGGCGUUCUCUGCUCCCCUCUCUUCGUUGGCGACGUUGCCCGUCGAGAAUGGUCAGUGGGACGACGCGGUCGAGGACGCCGACACGGAUGACAUCCCGUUCGACCUCGAGCUCUCGUCACCCAGGCCAUCCUCUCCCGCCCUCAUUCCCCUCGCCGACUCGCUUCCAACAACAUUCUCGCCUCCCUUCUCCAUGCGACCGACUAUCCCCUCCUUCCCGUCCUUUGCCUUCUCCCUUUCAUCCUCGCUCGCCUCGGACACCGACUCGACCUGGUCAUCCUCGACUCCCGAGCUGUUCUCUUCGUCCUUAUCGCGCUCGGUCUCGUCGUCCUCCGGCUUCUCCAUCGCGUCGUCCUCCCCUUCCGCGCCCUAUACUUCGCCUCUCACGACGCCCGGUCUCUCGUUCUCGCCCUCGAUCAAUAUGCACUCACCCUCGCUCGUCGCCGCCUUCUCCAAGACCAGCUUCUUCCGCUCCCCUUCACCCUCGUUCGUCGCAAGCAGCGACCUCGCCCGGCGGCGAUUCGAGAAGAAGCGCCGGCUGGCAGUCGAGUCGCAAGAAUCGCUCAAUGGACCGGUCGUCGGCCUCGGACUCGCCUUCUCACAAUAG